AGAAAGUUGAUAAAUCAUUCUAAACUGUUCAACUUUAACAAUUAAUAUUUUAGAAUAGAAUUUGAUGAUACUUUAAAUUUAAGAUAAAACUGAAUAGAUCUAAAUAAUAACUGUAUAAGAAUGGAAAUAAUGAAAACUAAAUGUCAACUUUGUUACUGUUAAAAUUGUUUAUACCGUAGUGCGGAAACUUACACGUUGCUUUAGUAUUAACAAAUAGCUUGUAAGAAGAGAUUAACGUUGUAAAAUGAAAUCAAUUUGACUCUGUUUCUAUCCUGUUAAAGAUAAAUAAUUUUAAUAAUGUACAUAAUAUACUUCUGUAUAAGUUUGAUACUUAGCGUGUCAUCGGUGGUUCAGGGGAGUGAAUUAGACUAUGAUGGAUGGCUGCAUCUAAGACUAUGGCAUGCGUUCAAUGAUGAACCAGAACCCAUUUUCAUAGAACGUGGAAAUGUCACAAUAUCUAGUGUACGAAGUGGUGCAUCUGUUAUUGGGCAAAACGGAUUAUUGCAUUUACAUAUAAAUGAGUUGAAAAAUCUCGCCAAAAAUGAUGGGAAGUAUAAACUCAAGGCAGUAGCCCGUAUCUCAUCUGGAAAUGAAAUAACAUUUUUAACUUCUGUACCAGCGUGUUAUCUUCUUGGUUCUGAUCUUGAAGAUGUAAUAACAGUUUGGCUGGAUAGUGCAGCCGAACCAAUAGUUGUAAGCCUUUCCUCGCCUGGCCCAUGUAGUACAGAGAGUCCGUUUACAAACAUGUGGACAACUAACGUUGUUGUUAAAUAUCCUGAUGGUGGGCCAGUUCCGGACACUGCUACGUACAUUCAGAAACUUGAGCGUGAAAGAGAAGCAAGAGAAAGAGGAGAAGCUAAAGAUAACAGAUCUUUCCUUGCAAGAUACUGGAUGUACAUUGUUCCUGCGUUAAUCUUUGUUGUUCUAUCAUCUGCAACGAAUCCUGAAGCUGGAGGAGCAGGAGGUGGUAGUGGCCAGAGACAGUGAGGAGACCGUAUCAUUACAUCUGUGGGUGCGGGUAUUUCUCGAAGAGUGUUCGUGCGCGGAUCGUUUAUUUAUAAAAUUACAAUGUUCUUUCAUAAUAACAAUUGUAACAAUCAUAAUUACAUCUCCUGAAUAAACUCAAUGAUUUAAGUAAAA